ACUUCAUCAGAAGGAGCUCGUGUUCGAGUCCCUAUAGUAGCACAAAUAUAUCGUGGAGUUCAACGGGUUCUACGAUAAUCAACAUCGGCGGCUUCUCUCACUGGCCUACACCGGAGAAGGAUUCCGGAGAUGGAAAAUUCAACAUUAGGCGGUUUCCCUGAUGUUGAUAGAUGUCGGGAAUCUGCGCGUUUUAUCGUCAACUCAUGUCCCGAUCGGCGUCUACUUGUCCAAAAUCACUGUCAAAGGGCAACUUGUAUGGUGGAGUUUAAAACCCCAAUUAAAGCAGCUCUUAAUUACACAACCAGAAGUUGCUGUUUCUGGAGCACUGCUUUUGAUCGAGAUCAUUAAACCAAUACUCAGCAAUCUCAGUCUCCAAGAAGAUGUGGCUUGAUUCAAUGAAGGGGUAACAUGGAAGACCAGAGUUCCGGCCUUGAAAGGGGCAAGUGGCUUGAAAAUAAGGUGGAACAAGUGCGGUACAUUGCUUAUGAUAUCGAAGAUGUUCUUGACGAGUUUGUCCUUCACUCACCGCCAUAUACGUUCCACAAUCGCCAUUUCAUUCGCCAGAUUCACACCGUAGCCCACACUGUCUAUCACGGAUUCCCAAUUCGUGGGAUCUCCGAAAAGAUAGCAAGAAUCAAGAAAAGUAUAGAUGAUAUGGGAUCACAGCAUGCGUUUUUGUCUACCGGAUUGUCCAGUCCAGGACCAUCUUCAAGUUCUACAAACAGGAUCCGCCCCCACCCCCCGGUGAGUCCUCUUCUCCUUGAUGAUGAAAUCGUUGGCUAUGAAAAGGAGAAGAAGAUAUUCACCGAUCAGUUGGUGGAUGGAGAAAAGAGGCUAGUCGCGCUAGCUGUUGCUGGUCCUGCUGGCUCGGGGAAGACGGCGUUUGUGAAAAAUAUUUUCUGCAAACGAGGAAUUAUGGGUCGAUUCGACUGUCACGCUUGGGUUCGUGUCUCUCAGCACUUUGAAGCUGAGGAACUCUUUGUCAAUAUGCUAAAGCAGUUCUGUUAUUCGAGAAAGGAAUCAUAUCCAAUUGAUGACGGUACAAAUACACAGACAAAGCUACACAAGUACCUCACUGGAAAGAGAUUUAUCGUUGUUCUUGACGAUAUUUGGAGCCAAAACCAUUGGGAUGUCAUUAAGGGCGGAUUCCCCGAUGCCUUCCGUGGCAGCAGAAUAAUUGUCACAACCAGGUCGUCAGAUGUUGCCUCUGUAUGUGCAUCAUCGAGCACUCAUGUACAUAUCUUAAAUUGUUUAGGAUGGCUACAUGCACUGACCCUCUUCUACAGAAAGGCAUUCCAAGACAUUGACGGGCAAUGCCCUCCUGAGUUGAAGGGCUGUUCGGAAAGAAUCGUCAAGAGAUGUGAAGGACUUCCCCUUGCUAUUGUGGCAGUGGGAAGUGCUCUCGCGCAUAAACCAAGACUUCCCAAUGAGUGGGAAAAGUUUCAUAAUAGCCUUGGAUGUGAAAUUACGGAAGAUUCCAAUUUGUCAGUCAUAAGCAAUGCUCUGUUGCCUGGCUAUAUGGACCUCUCCACCAAUCUGAAGAGCUGUUUCUUGUACUUUAGUAUUUUCCCCGAGGAUUACUCUGUUGAACGUGGUAGACUUAUUCGUCUCUGGGUUGCUGAGCAGUUCGCGGUGGGAAUAAAUUUCCAAACGGCAGAAGAAGUUGCAGAGGGUUAUCUCGAUGAACUGAUUCAGAGGAACUUGGUUCAUGUUUCCAACUAUGAUUUCGAUGGGACGCCUAGAAAUUGUAGAGUUCUGAACCCUGUCCUCAACUUUGUCACCCACAAGUGCAAGUAUGAAAAUUUCGCAUCGAUUUUCCCUACAGAAAAUACGAGUCGGAACCAGAAGAUUCGGCGUCUAUCUGUUCGCAAUGACUGUACACAUUUGCCUCGGAACAUUGACUUUAGUGGCGUCCGUUCGAUGUUUUUAUUGAGGUGUGUUAUUCGAUUAACAUCUCCAUUGAUAUUUGGAACACUUUUUUGUCAUCUAACACGUAUGCUCCAUUUCGUUUUCCUUUUUUUCUUUUUUUUUUUCAGUUUGGUUGAGACAUCCACAUCUAAUUUCGAGAAAGUUUUACGCGAGCUCAAGUUGACGAGAGUCUUAGACUUCCAAGGUGCACCUAUCACAAAGUUUCCCGAGGACAUCACCCAUCUCACCCUUCUGAGGCAUCUUAAUUUCAGAGGUACUAAAAUUAAGUCAAUCCCAAGUUCCAUAAAAAAACUUUCUUACCUAGAAACCUUGGACCUAAAACAAACCGAUGUCAAAGAGCUGCCAAAAGAAAUAUGCCAUUUGCACAAUCUCCGUCACCUCCUGGCCUACAAACACAACGUGGAGAGUUAUGUAGUUUUCGAGUCAGUGCAAGGUGUUAAGAUACAUAAAGGGAUCGGAAAGUUAACAGAAUUACAGGCUCUGUCUCUUGUAAAAGUAGGCAAAAAGUUUAAAAUCCUAGAAGAGCUGAAACUAUUGACGAAACUUAGGAAACUAGGACUAACGGGGAUCAGAAGAGGAUACGGGAAUGAGUUGUCUGCUUCUGUUGAACAAAUGCCCCUUCUUACAACUCUUGAUUUAUGCUCAGAUACUAAGGAAGAGUUUCUUGAGUUGGGAGAAAUGAGAAAUCCACCUUCGAAACUUCAGCGUCUAUACUUGAAAGGGCGCGUAAAUCAACUCCCGACUUGGAUUUCAUCGCUCGAUAAUCUUCUGAGAAUUGGUCUCAAGUGGUCUAAAAUGCAAUGCAGCCCACUUCAAGCGCUUCAACGGCUUCCAAACCUGAUGGAGCUUGAGCUGGUGGACUGUUAUAUCGGUGGAGAGUUGAUAUUCGAAGCUUCGUCUUUCAAGAAGCUGAAGAUUUUACUGAUUGAAGAUCUCGCGGAACUUCACACGAUUGUGAUACGAAAUGGAGCUAUGCCUGACUUGAAACAGAUAUCUCUUCAUAAGUGCCCAAGGAUGACGAUUUCUCCACUAGGAAUGAAUAAUCUUGCCAAGGUUGAGGAGCUGAUUCUGCGCGACAUGGCGCAGGAGUUCAUAGCUCGACUUAGAAUGAACGGCGAAGAUCGUGCGAUGGUUGCACGCAUUCCCUUGAUUAAUUCUUUCACCUCCGGACAUCAGCACUCUUGGUCGUUUGAGAAUCUUUCCGAUUCUUCCUCGCACUGA